UUAUUUUUUUCAACUUUCAACUUUAGAUGGAAUUCGCGUUUCUGCCGACCAGAUGGAUGAGAAGCGACAGGAGAAGAUCGCUUACGAAUACCUUUGCCAUUUGGAAGAAACGAAGACGUGGAUUGAGAUGUGCAUUCGAGAACCAUUGCCGCAGUCCAUUGAUCUGGAAGAGGCCUUGCGCAACGGCGUUUUUUUAGCCAAACUGGCCCAUCGCUUUCAGCCGCAGUCGGUACCACUGAAAAAAAUCUAUGACAUAGACCAAAUCCGCUACAGAGAGGCUGGUCUGACCUUCCGCCACACUGAUAAUAUCAAUCACUGGUUGAGUGCGAUGUCCAGUUUGGGAUUACCAGCUAUAUUUCUGCCCGAGACAACGGAUCUCUAUGACCGCAAAAAUAUGCCACGCGUCAUUUACAGUAUACACGCUCUCAGUCUUUACCUCUACCGACUGGGCAAAGCGCCACCAAUGCCCAGCUUGUACGGAAAAGCCCAGUUCUCGGAUGAAGCCGUCAAGUUGAUGAGCCUGGAGUUGAAACGCUACGGUUUCCCUUUGCCUCAGUUUGGCAAAAUUGGAGGUAUUUUAGCUGGUGAGUUACCCAUCGACGCUGCGGAACACCACGCUGCCAUCAUUGCCAUUAACAAAGCGACAGAAGAGGGUCAUUGCGAUCUGAUGAUUCAAGCCAUGGGACAUCCUGCUGCCCAACUGCGUGACAUAGACCCCAGUUUGGCUGAUCUGUACUUGCAGUCGCUCAUUGACGCGCUUGAUGAGAAAAAGCAAUCGUCUCGCGAGCAAAGCCUCAACAGUGAUUUCACGGCCGACGUCUAUGACGAAUUGCUGACUGGAUCGGAAAUCCAAUAUCAAAUGGAUUCCGUCAACGAGUUUUCCGCGUUGGAAAAAAUCGCAAUGUCGGUCGAGAGCCGAGACGUGGUUCGCAUGAUGACCGCUUUAGCCCACCCGAACCUCGGUAUUAAGCGACUCAACCCAGAUUAUUGUUCCGCAUACUUGGAAGCCUUGCACUCCGCCAUCUGUGGUGACAAGGGCGUUGAGCUUUGUGACGUGCAAGCCUUGAUCAAUCAGGUCAACCACGAAAAAGAAUCUUUAAUGGAACGUCAGCGCUACGUCAAUGCCAUUAAUAUCUCACUUGAAGGUUCUGACCCGAAUCGCACUCUUCAAAUUUUACGUCAGCUGCUUGACACUGAACCUAUGUCUGAGCUGGUGGUGCUCGAGUUCGCCGCCGCGCUCUAUCACGAGGAAAUGAACAACUUCCGCUCUAUCACAGAAGAGGAUCUCAGCUUCGAAAUGAUUUGUGGCGCCAUCCGCACAUUAACGCAAGUCGCCCAGGUUACGCAAGCUGUGGAUGGCCGAAAUGUGACGGAACUACUCUUCGUUUUAGAGGAACCGAUGCUCAGCUUUGACUGUAUCAAUACCAGCUUGACCGAAUCCUACAUGGCGGCCCUGACGGAAAUACGCCGAGAUAAGAUCCGCCGAGGAGAAUUUUGCACUGUGCUAACCCACAAUGAGAUUCAGUGCUGCAUUAUUCGAGUGAACGAAGAUGUAGAUCGCAAAGACAUCGUCCAGGUGAUUCAGCGCGCUGUUGACAAGGGAGACGCAAUUCAGCUUGCCGUUCUUUUGGGUUCCACUGGUCUAGUGGACCAAGAUCCCGUAGAGGAGCAAGCUCCUCUCUACUUGCGGCUUUUAAAAACACUCGUUGAAGCCAAAAGACGAAGUCAUAACUCUGAUGCUUCAUUAUCGAUGGGGGAUAUCGAAGAAAUGUUGCGCAGGUCCCGCGAAUUAGCUACUGAGGCCGAAGAAGUCUGCUUGGUCGUGACUGGCCUCAAUAACUUGAGAGAUCCAGCCGGAUUCGUCGAGACGUUCAGCUCUCCCUACAUCAAUCUUCCAAAUUUGAGUCGGUCUCAAUUCCAGGCUUGUACGAAACAACUAGGUUCACGAAUUCGGGGCAUCCGUAUGGAACAGUUACCUCAAACGAAAGCCUGGGUGAUGCAUCGAUUGGAACAGGGGAUUCCCGUUUACCUCAACGUCAAAACACAACAGAUUAGUUGGGAAAAGCCUCGGGACUACACGGAAUCUGGUUUAAUUGGGCUUCGUGAAUUUGAGGAUCUGGUCGUGUCGGUGGUCCAAGACGAUGACAUUGAAGCGCUAAUCAUCAGACUACAAGCUUGUGCUAGAGGAUAUCUUGUAAGGGAAAGAAUUGCUUUCCGUCUACAUCACUUCCAUAACAACGUCAGCGCGGUUAUCAAAAUCCAGACUUGGUGGCGCACUGUGGUUCAGCGACAACGGUAUCUACAGUGGCAACAACGUCAACGAGAAGAGAGACAACGACAACCACAACGACGAGAUCUGAAAUUCUUUGCCCAGUUUUUAGAUGACAUUGUGUUGAUUCAAGCGUGUUGGAGACGUUGGUUGGCCCUACGGGCAUACCGAGCCAUCAAGCGGGGGGACAUGCCUCUUUGUACGCUACGUCGUUUCCUCCAUUUGCUCGACAUUGGACAGCGCGAUUAUGAUGAAGAGAUGCAAGUUCAACUGCUCAAGAGUGAUGUCGUACAAACCAUUCGUCGUAAUAAACAGCUUGAAAAAGAUCUGAACACCAUGGAUAUUAAAAUCGGUUUACUGGUUAAGAAUCAAAUUGCCCUCCAAGAGGUGGUAGCACAUGGCCACAAGCUCCGCAAACAUGUGAAUAAGGCAGCUGAACAACAGGAACGCAACUUAGAUAGCCAUCAUUUUACGCGACCAGGCAUCGAAUUACUUUCUUUGACUAAGACAGGACGACAUAAGUUAGAGGCCUACCAGCAUUUGUUUUACCUUUUGCAAACGGAGCCACGUUAUUUGUCGAAACUACUCUUCCUGCAGCCACAGAAGAUGCCUGAAACCAUGAUCUUGUCACUCUACAACUAUGGAUCAAACUUGCGCGAAGAGUAUCUGCUCUUAAAGUUAUUCAGAUGCGCAUUAGAGGAAGAAGUCCGACACAAGGUGGACAACCUUAGCGACAUCUCUACCGGUAAUCCUCUCGUCAUCAAGCUGAUUCUGCAGCUCAGUCGACAGGGUCACCGCGUCGGACAACUUCGAGAAUUGCUCGGACCUAUUGUUGAAAGGAUUCUGAAAGAGAACAUUUUCAUUAACCUCAGUCCGGUGGAAAUCUACAAGUUGUGGAUUAACCAACUUGAAAGCGCGUCCGGAGAGCCUUGUGGCAUGCCUUACGAAAUUGGCGCCGAAGAUGCCCUGAAACAACCUGAAGUUCAACGCCGUCUGAAAACAAAUAUCGAAUUUCUCAAGGCUGCUACGUCACUUUUUCUCGAACAGAUUACCUACUCUAUUCGCAACAUUCCAUAUGGCAUGCUUUACGUAGCUAAAGUUCUGGCCAGAGCAUUACGCAACAAGUUUCCUUUAGUUCCUGAAAAGGAUGUUUUAAAAGUUAUCGGCAAUCUGGUGUAUUAUCGGUACAUUAAUCCCACCAUCGUUUCACCGGAUGCUUUUGACAUAAUUUCCGUAUCACCCACGCAAGUUUUGACUACUGAUCAACGACGCAAUUUGGGAAAUAUUGCAAAAAUGUUGCAAUUUGCUGCCUCAAAGAAAGGUUUCGCCGAAGAGUCGCCUCAUUUGAUGUGCCUCAACCCGUUCAUAAUCGAGUGCCACGAGAAAUUCAAAGCAUUUUUUAAGGGCUGCAUUCAAGUGGAAGAGCCUGAGGUAGAAUUUGGCAUGGAUCAGUAUAGCGAGGCCACGUUGAUCACCAAACCAACUGUCUGCAUGUCACUUCAAGAAGUGGCAAACAUUCACCAGUGCUUGGUAGAGUAUGAAGAUGUUUUGGCUCCACAACCCGAAGAUCCUCUUCAUCAGAUUCUGGACGAUUUCGGAAGCGGGGACCAACGCAACCAUCCUUCCAUUCAGUAUCUCUUGGCUGGCGAAAGCAAAGAAAACGUUGGGACUUUCCAGGAUUUGAAUGAAGUAGCCAAGACGGAGAUCUUCCUGACGCUCACCAACAAGUUUGAAAUGUCCAUUUCGCCACAAGAAGAGAAAAAUCAAAAGCUCUUUGUGGCCACGAAGCAAAUGCUCGUCUCCAUUUUGCGUUGCUGCCAUGGCGACAGCCUUAAAGAGAUUAUCAUCCGACCAGCAUCUAUAGAGGAACAAGCCGUUUACACGCAGUUCUGCCGUCAACAAAUGCAAUCUGAACAAAACAGUUCGCGCUUUGUUUCUCGAGUUGUUUCCAAUACAGACACAACCGAAACGGUGCUGAAUUCGCUCAAGAUGAGGGUUUCGAGAAAUUUACGAAAACUGGAACAAGUCGGGCUGGUCGCCAGUUCCGAUAAUUAUGCUGUGCUGGUAGCUGCGUUAGCGCGUGAUGUUGUGACAUUGCGAACGCAUCGUCGCGCCCGCUCUCAGGAACUUGAUCGUCUCUUGUCCACCAAGAGUUUACUGGACGAGAAAACCAAAUUCCACGAAGAGCAAGUAAACUCAUAUCAAGAGUAUCUGGAAACAUGUCUGAAAAACUUGACGUUGGGCAAAAAUCAGAAGCGUAUCCUUCAGCACCGAGCAGAGGGCAAUCAUCUUCAGCUGGCCAAUGCCCUCAAGUCUCGAACAAUGUUGCACUAUUCCGCAACCAAACUUCACCAGAAAGGCAUCUUAAUCGAUAUUGAAGGUCUGCCUCACGCCCAUUUCAAGUCGACCUUUUUCGAUAUUAGCCCAGCCAUCGAAUCGGGUGUCUUUGACGUCACAGCCAAAUUUAUGGGCGUCAGUGUCGAGAAAGUUCAACUAAACAUUCAGGAUUUGCUUCAAAUGCAGUUCGAGGGUGUCACCGUCCUAAACAUUUUUAAAAAGGCAAAAAUUAAUGUUAACCUCUUAAUUUUCUUAUUAAAUUCGAAAUUUUACGGCAAGACGUUGAAGAAGAAGUGAAUUUGCGCAACUAAAACUGUAUAUUCUUAUAUUGUAACACCCUUCCAAUUGAUUUUUCUAUUUUCCUGGCGAGGAGCAGUUAUAUAUCCACCCUGUUGUUACUUAGGCUUAGUUUCUCGAACAUUUGCCGGUAUGGAUUAUCUAAUAGUCCGGUGAUUGUAUUUUUGCUUCGUCAUGCCCCAUCCUCCGCCGCCAGUCUUCUAUUAUAUACACUACAGAUGCCAUCAUGGA